AACAACCUUGUUCGGAGCUGUUAGCAGAUAAAUCUGAUUCAAUCUACGAAACAGCACAUGGAAUUUCAACUAGACUCUAGGAAAUACAGAAGGGCAAGAGCUCAUUAGUAGAGAACUAACUCCUCCUGUGGCAACUCAUUACAUCUUUCCUCGACAUCAACACGAUCACACACACCAUCAGAAUUAUUGUCCUAAAAGAAACGAUUAGACAAUUUUCCCAACUUCUUAGUAGUAGCUACCUGAGAAUCACGUACAGCAUCUUACAUGUGGUACUCCUCUACACAUGCUUGUUAAGAAGAGUUACAGAACGAAGUCAACAGGGGGACUGCCAUACUCACCACAAACGAUUUCACAACAUCAACAGUGGUGUCAAAGCUGCUUACUGUCUCUACAUGCUGUACGAAAACCUUCUUGGUCUGCGAUUCUUCUGCUGCAUUAUAAAUAUAAGAAAUCAGCACUGAAUAUUCCCGGGCUUCUAAAACUUUCCAUCUACAUUCGAAAUCUGCAUAACUACAAAUUCCUUCACUAUUUGAGUGCAAACAAUCAUAAAUGUAGAUUGCUAAUAUAUGAAAUCCCAGAAACCCUAAUCGCGGAGGAGGAAGAAGCAGAAGAAGGACGAUUCUUCGCAUGCUAUCUGUUGAGCUCUCGUAGCCCCCGCUACAAAGGCCACACCUAUAUUCGAUUCACAGUGAACCCACGGCGUCGUAUAAGACAGCACAAUGGUGAAAUAGCGCAAGGUGCUUGGAGAACGAAGCGGAAGCGUCCAUGGGAGAUGGUGUUGUGCAUCUAUGGUUUCCCAACUAACGUUUCUGCUCUCCAGUUUGAAUGGGCCUGGCAGCACCAAACUGUAUCGAAGGCGGUUAGGCAGGCUGCUGCAAGCUUUAAAUCACCACGAGGGCUUGUCAGUAAGAUCAAACUUGCAUACACCAUGCUCACUCUCCCUCCUUGGCAGAGCUUGAACAUCACUGUAAAAUUCUUUUCAACCCAGUACACCAAACAUUCUGCUGGUUGUCCACGACUUCCGGAACAGAUGAAGGUCAAAGUCUGCUCUAUGGAUGAGCUUCCUUCCUGUACUAAACCGUCUGAUGACCUUUUGGAAAAUGAAGAUGAGUGGUGUCAUGAAAGGGAAUGUGAUGAAGAUAUGAAUUCCAGUACACUACCCGAAGAAACAUUAUUGGACCAGGACUCAUAAUUCAGCAGAUGAUCAGCAGAGUGAUAGUGGCAUAAGAAUGAAUGAAUGAAGUACAUGGAUGCAGUAAGGAAGUAGGAGAAGAUGAGUGGUAUAAUGGAAAAGAAUGUGAUGACGUACAUGACAGAAGAAACAUUAUCAGAUCUUAUAGUUCAAAGUUCAGCAGAUGAUCAGCAGGAUGAUACUGGCAAGAUAAUUAACGAAGCAUAUGGAUGCAGUGAAGUAGUAAGAGAGGAUUGUACAGAGCAAUUUGGUUUUAUGGCAUCGCCAGUGAGAAUGCCAUCUUCAAAUGGCACUACCUCAUUUGACACAGAAGUAACUAAAGAUAUAGGUUUGUGUGGAUCUUCUGAUGACAUGAGUGUUGAUUUGGGCCGACCUGCAAGGGAACAAUCGACAGCUAUAGUUGCAGAUGAUGAUCAGUCUCCCAGCAGAAGCUAUCUCCGGCCUUGUGGAGCUGAGGUAAUAGAUUUGACAACCCAUCCCCUAUGCAGAAGCCAUUUAAUAUGUUUGACGAUUUUAUGGUUUGGUAGAAUAAUUUAGAGGAAUUUGUAAUAUAUAGUAAUAGCCUUCUGGUUCAAGUCUUACAGUUUGAAUGAAAUAAAAGAUCUUUUUUACUCACUUCAAUGAA